CUUGAGUGUAUGGAUACAAUAACGUAUGAGACGUGACAUAUCAAAGGGUAUUUUCAACAGAACGCAAGAAUCUAACUUGAGGGGAAAACGUUGAACCGUACUGACGGAGGGUGAGGACAAGGCCUCGGCUUCUCGUAUCCAAAGCCGGAUCUUGUCCAGCGUUGGCCCAUUGGGCGACAGCAGAUCAGUCGCGAGUUCAAUCUUCUCGAUGGAGUGCUGCUUCUGCUGCCGCAGCUCGAGAUGUUGGCGCAGGCGGGAGCCAUGAGGCUCGCCUCGAAGAUACAAUUGCGAACAGUCAGCAUCCACGCUGCACGAGCUCGUGCUCCGUUGCAGGAAAGCGGAGCGGCGUGGAUUUCGAAAGCCAAGCCCUCGACCUUCGCAGGCGACGCAUUGGGAUUGAACUCCAGCAAUUUGCGGAGAGACUGCAGAGCGAGUACCUUUCUGAUCAAGAGUGCGCUCAACACAAGCACUAGUCCUGAAAACUCUGAAGAUGGCGGUGGUCCGUUCGGAUUUGGCACCACGCGAUUGGGGCGAAUUAUUGCGAAUAGGCAGAGAGAUUUCACGAAUAAGUUCAACACUGUGAGAAAAAAGUUUCCCCUCAAGAUUUUUCUGCUUCUGUUAGGGUAUUAUUCGGCGAAUGCCUUGGCCACCAUUUUAGGACAGACAGGAGAUUGGGAUGUGCUGGCUGCCGGGAUUCUGGUGGCUCUUAUCGAAGGCGUUGGAUAUCUGAUGUAUCGACUUCCGUCCGUGUUGGGAGUAAGGGGCAAGGAGCUGAUUGUUUAUGUCAAUUUUUGGAAGUCCGGCUUCUCCUUCGGUCUGUUCGUCGAUGCCUUCAAACUUGGCAGUUGAGUCAACAUUCUUUCCAAUUUGUGCGAGAGAUACAGAAGCCGUGCAUCUAUGCCGAAGAGCGAUUCAGCUACAGCUGCUUAUGCGUGUGAAGCCAAGUCGACUACUGGACUCUUGAAGCGAAGAUGACGAAAAACAAUCAACUGGUUGCUGUUCUGCUUCCCAGUUAGCUUGCCUGUGGACGGCUGCAUUUGCUGCCCAUAGUAAGUUUUGACUGCGAAAUUAUGGGUUUUGUGAAAUCGUUACAUCCCAUUGUUCUCUUCAAUGUCGGAUGAGCGAGCGACCCCUGGCGUCCAUAUCGAAAGGAGAUUUUUUCUGUACAUUAUCUGCUAGCAGGUAAUGCAUUAGGUCAGGGCUACCUGCAUUAAUGCAUUGCAUUACCUGCUUGCUAAUAAACUUCGAAUUACGUUUGAAGAGGGAGCUUUCUAGUCAGAGUUGGGUGUAGUAGUUUAGUCAGCGAUUGUUGGUCAUCGGGUGUUGUAUUUUUAGGGCGCUCUAUCACGAAGUUCCGGUUGAGAAUCUAGUGGAGUCUGUUGCUGCAUACCUUCCGCGGCAGUGGUUGGAUCGGAACCCUCAUGACCCAUCGCAGAAGGACAAUUCAUGUGUGAAAUGGGAGGGAUAUUCCACACAGACAACGAAUUAGGACGUCUGACGAUAUAUAUUGUGAUGCUUCUUGGUCGGGGUACUUCCAUGCUGCUGCCUACGUACAUUUUCGAUAACCGUGAUAAUUGUGAACCAAGUUGCACGGUCGGUGGGAGGAGUAACAAGGCUUUUAAUCCACAUUUGUAUGCGACGUCCAAAUUCCGGGGAAUAGCAACGAUUUGUCCGAGUGGAAAGACGUGGUGGGCAGGACUCAAACUUAACAGUGAAGCUAUCUUGUUAUCAUCUGAAAAUAUUCAACUUAUUUACCGAAAAAUUUAGUAUCUCGCACAUUAGUGGAACAAUUGAAACAAGACCUGAA